UUAACAAAUUGGUUUGGCAACACUGAUCUGAUAUAAGAUAUCUAUGGUUGAGUACCUGCAUCUGCAUAUCUCUAACCUGUUCGUCUCUCUCUUUCAGAUUGGUGAUUCGCGCAAUGUCUCACCGUAAGUUUAGUGCACCCCGUCAUGGGUCCAUGGGAUUCUACCCCAAAAAAAGGUCCAGGAGACAUCGUGGUAAGGUCAAGGCCUUCCCCAAGGAUGAUCCCUCCAAACCCGUUCAUUUGACCGCAUUCAUGGGUUACAAAUCUGGUAUGACCCAUGUAGUGAGGGAAGCUGAUCGUCCUGGAUCAAAAAUUAACAAGAAAGAAAUUGUGGAAGCAGUCACAAUCUUGGAAACCGCACCAAUGAUGAUCGUAGGAGUUGUAGGAUAUAUUGAAACUCCUCACGGUCUUAGAGCUCUUGCAACUGUAUGGGCUGAGCAUUUGUCUGAGGAUUGCCGAAGGCGCUUUUAUAAGAAUUGGUAUAAAAGUAAGAAGAAGGCAUUCACCAAGGCCUCCAAAAAGUGGUCCGAUGAUUUAGGAAAGAAAUCUAUCGAAAGAGAUUUGAAAAAAAUCAUCAAGUACUGCAAAGUUGUCAGGGUCAUCGCCCAUACCCAGAUGAAACUUUUGAAACAAAGGCAGAAGAAAGCCGACAUUAUGGAAAUUCAGUUGAACGGUGGAACCAUCGCCGAUAAGGUUGAAUGGGCCAGGAAACACUUUGAAAAGCCAGUCCCAAUUUCUGAAGUGUUCGCUCAGGAUGAGAUGAUCGAUUGCAUUGGUGUUACCAAGGGCAAAGGAUUCAAAGGUGUAACCUCAAGGUGGCACACCAAAAAAUUGCCCCGUAAGACGCACAAGGGUCUCCGUAAAGUUGCCUGUAUUGGAGCAUGGCAUCCUUCCAGGGUGUCCUUCACAGUUGCCCGUGCUGGUCAAAAAGGAUACCAUCAUCGUACUGAAAUCAACAAGAAGAUCUACAGAAUCGGUGCUGGAAUCCACACCAAGGAUGGAAAGGUUAUUAAAAACAACGCUUCCACCCAGUACGAUUUGACUGAAAAAACUAUCACACCCAUGGGUGGUUUCCCCCAUUAUGGUGAAGUUAAUAACGACUUCGUCAUGAUCAAGGGAUGUUGCAUGGGAACCAAGAAGAGGGUCAUCACUUUGAGAAAGUCCUUGUUGGUGCACACCAAACGUGUUGCUUUGGAAAAGAUCAACUUGAAGUUCAUUGAUACAUCUUCCAAAUUCGGUCAUGGUAGGUUCCAGACUGCUGCUGAUAAGGCUGCAUUCAUGGGUCCUCUCAAGAAGGAUAGGAUUAGAGAAGAAGAGAAGGCUGCUGCUGCCUCAGCUGCUAGGUCUUAAUUUAAUGACGUAUAUCAAAUAUAUGAUAUGAAAAACUA